AUGGGGGCUGUCCGCGGACCCGAGACAUUCGCCAAGAACCGUGAGCUAGAGGUGAUCCACUCCCCUUUGGGCCAUGCUUUCAAGGCCGCUUUGGUGCGUGUUCCCGAGCUCCUCGCCAUAGCGGCGUCAAGUUCGGCGAGGCCGUGUGGUUCAAGGCGGGCUCCCAGAUCUUCAGCAAGGGAGAAAACUACCGCAGAACUUUGGCUCAAGCUGGAAUUGAUCUGUAUGUCCAAGGAUCUAACCAGUAAGAUGCACGUGAAGAUGAAGUUGCUCACACACAAGCUGCAAGAAGGUGGUUCGGUGAUGAACCACUUAUCGAUCUUUAAGGAGAUCGUUGCCGACCUAGUGUCGAUGGAGGUAAAAUAUGAUGAUGAAGAUUUAGCUCUUCUACUGUUAUGCUCACUGCCUACUUCAUUUGCAAAUUUUCGAGAUACCAUACUAUUAAGCCGUGAUGAACUAACUCUUGCGGAAGUAUAUGAGGCCCUUCAGACGAGGGAGAAGAUGAAAGGAGACGUUCUGGUUGUUUUUGUUGGUUGUGUUGCUGGUCGUGAUGAAUGGAUACUUGAUUCUGCAUGCUCGUUUCAUAUAUGCUCUAACAGAGAUUGGUUCAGUUCUUAUGAGUCUGUGCAGAGUGGAGAUGUCGUGCGUAUGGGAGAUAACAAUCCACGUGAGAUUGUGGGCAUUGGCUCCGUUCAGAUCAAGAUACAUAAUGGCAUGAUACGCACACUGAAAGAUGUGAGACACAUACCAGGGAUGGCCAGAAAUCUUAUCUCCCUUAGCACACUUGAUGCCAAGGGAUACAGACACUCCGGUUCAGGUGAAGUGUGUAAGGUAUCAAAAGGUUCUCUCAUUCAUAUGAUAGGUGAUAUGAAUUCAGCAAAGUUAUAUGUUCUUAGAGGAAGUACUUUACAUGGUUCCAUCACUGCUGAUGCUGUUUCUAAAGAUGAACCAAGUAAAACUAAUCUCUGGCAUAUGCGUCUUGGGCAUAUGAGUGAACUUGGUAUGGCAGAAUUGAUUAAGAGAGACCUGUUGGAUGGCUGCACUGUGGGUAAGAUGAAGUUCUGUGAGCACUGUGUUUUUGGUAAGCACAAGAGAGUAAAAUUCAAUGCAUCUGUUCAUACCACCAAAGGUACACUUGAUUAUGUACAUACUGAUUUGUGGAGGCCGUCUCGUAAGCCCUCUUAUGGUGGUGCUCAUUAUAUGCUUACCAUUAUUGAUGAUUACUAUAGAAAAGUGUGGCCUUACUUUCUAAAAAAUAAAGAUGAUACUUUUGCUGCUUUUAAAGAGUGGAAAGUUAUGAUAGAAAGGCAAACUGAAAGGAAGGUUGAGAACAUUCAUGAGCCGGCUACGUACACUGAAGCUGUUGUUUCUGCUUUACAAUGUGCUAGUAUGGAUGAGAAUUUUGAGUACAUGUCAAGAGUUCCAUAUUCUAGUGAUGUUGGUUCUUUGAUGUAUGCUAUGGUUUGCUCUUGUCCUAAUUUAUCAUAUGCUAUGAGUUUGGUUAGUAGAUACAUGGCUAAUCCUGAUUUUGCUACUGAUUUGGAUAAGAGAAGAUCUCUCACAGGUUAUGUGUUCACUAUUGAUGGUUGUGCUGUGAGUUGGAAGGCAACAUUGCAGCCCGUUGUUGCCCUAUCUACCACUGAAACAGAAUACAUGGCUAUUGCUGAAGCAUAUAAAGAAUCAGUUUGGUUGAAAGCGCAGAGCAUCCUGGCCAUCUGGGCGUGCCAGGUGGUGCUCAUGGGCGCCGUCGAGGGGUACCGCAUCGCCGGUGGCCCGCUCGGGGAGGUGGUCGACCCGCUGUACCCUGGCGGCAGCUUCGACCCGCUCGGGCUCGCCGACGACCCGGAGGCGUUCGCGGAGCUGAAGGUGAAGGAGAUCAAGAACGGCCGCCUCGCUAUGUUCUCCAUGUUCGGCUUCUUCGUGCAGGCGAACGUCACCGGCAAGGGUCCUCUCGAGAACCUCGCUGACCCUCACCUCGCCGACCCUGUCAACAACAACGCCUGGGCGUACGCCACCAACUUCGUCCCCGGCAAGUGA